AUGUUAACUUUCAUUAAAAAUUAUUGUAGAUAUGACAAAAGAUUGAUAAAAAUUGAACAAAUUCAGAAAGUAAGGGUCGGUAAUAAUUUUUUCAUAAAAACAAAACGAUUUAAUUAUGGCGAUGGUAAGAGAUAUAUUGGUCACGAUAGUAGCCAUGGCAGUAAUUUAACUAUCGAAGAUAAAGAUUAUAAAGGACUUUUUUAUCAUUUGAUGAAUAAUAAUUACCCAAAGAAAUUUGCACUUUCUUUUCUACCUGAUAUUAACAAAGUAAAAAAUCAUGAUGUUAUAAUUGGUUGGAUACCUUAUGAAAAAUCUAUACCGCAGCCUAAAGCUACUCCAAAAAAUUUCAAGGAAAAUGAUAAAUUUGUAAAACUUUUACAUCAAGUUAUAGCAGAUAAUGUUGCAACAAUUGAAGAUUUAGAAUUAAAAGCAUUUGCUAAAUAUCGAAAAAAUGGAUGGCAUCAUAUUUCUGAUUUACGAGAUCCUUCGCCUUGGGGUCGUAUACCAUUUCCAGAAGAUAUUAUUGGAAUGGUAGAAGUUAGAGAUGGCAAAAUCAUUUCUGAAACCUAUCAACCAAUGCCUACUCAUCGUAUCAUAACAACUAAAGGAUUAUUUGUGUUGAGUGAACCAUUUCAUAGAAAAUUAAUAGAGAAAUUAAAUGAGUUUUAA